UUGUGUGGUGAUGCCUGUGAAGACUUAUAUUAUUUAGUUAAAAUAAAAUUUUCGCUAUGAUUUUAUUAUUAAUUUAAUGCUAUUUUACGACGGUCCUUGUAAAAUUUGCAUACAACGGUUAGAAAACAGGAUUCGUCCAUAAUAUCAGCAACAAACUUGAUAUCAACAACAAAAGUUUCUACUUUCCUUAUUAUUACUAGAACACUGUCUUUAAUUUGACUUUUAAUAAUGUCAGAUGACGAGGUGAUACGUUUCGAGAUCACUGAUUAUGAUUUAGACAACGAAUUUAAUCCAAACAGGAGAGGAAGGGCCAAGAAGGAACAGCAAAUUUAUGGUGUAUGGGCUAAAGACAGUGAUGAAGAUGACAAUGAAGACAAUGUGCGGCAGAGAAGCCGUAAGCAGAAAGACUAUGCUGCUCCCAUCGGGUUUGUGGCGGGAGGUGUGCAGCAGGCGGGGAAAAAGAAGGAGGCUAAACAAGAGAUAGAACCAGCAGAAAAAUCAUCCAAGCCAACCAUAGUAGACAGCUCCGAUGAGGAGUCCACAGUGGCCCAACCGGAUGAGUCGGAGACAGCAGGCAUACGAAGACAGGGUCAGGGCAUGCGCAGUGCUAAUCUCGGCGGCAGUAUGGGCACUUGGGAAAAACACACUAAGGGUAUAGGAGCUAAGCUGCUCUUACAGAUGGGUUACCAACCCGGGCGCGGUCUGGGCAAAGACCUACAGGGCAUAUCGGCGCCCGUCGAAGCCACAGUGAGAAAAGGGCGAGGUGCUAUUGGCGCCUAUGGUCCCGAGAAAGCAGCUCAAAAAGCAAAGAGAGAAGAAGAACGCCGUCUGAAAGAGAAGGAAGAUGAGAAGGCCCCAGAGAAGUCAUACCACUGGAAGAAGUCCCACAAGGGCCGGUACUUCUACCGAGACUCCAACGACGUCAUACAGGAAGGAAAGCCCACCGUGCACACUAUCAGCAGUAGCGAGCUGUCUCGAGUACCAGUAAUCGACAUGACGGGCAAAGAGAAGCGAGUGCUAAGCGGGUACCACGCGCUCCGAGCGGUGGCGCCGCGCUUCGAGCACGAGCCGCGACGAAAGUGCACCAAUUUCUCCGCCCCACAGCUGGUGCAUAACCUGGAGGUGAUGGUGGAGUGUUGUGAGCAGGAUAUAAUCCAAAACGCUCGCGAGCUCCAACAGGCGGAAGACGAGAUCGUGGUUCUUGAGCGAGACCUGAAAGAGUGCGACGACAAACUUAAAGAGCAGGAUGAGAUUAUCGAUAAAGUGCGAGAUAUUAGGGAGCGAGUAGCAAAGCUUAGCGAGCCGGACCUCUCGCUUGAGAGGGCGUAUGAGGUCGUCUCGGAUCUGAAGGAAUCUUACCCGCUCGAAUACGACAUGUUCGGCAUCGGCGCCAUCGCGGGCAACAUCGUCAGCCCCUUAUUCAGCGCCCUCAUGGCUCAGUGGGACCCUCUCAAGGCGCCCGCUGAACCUGUCCCAGUGUUCCUCAAAUGGCGUCAGUUGCUAAGCGAAGAGGCUUAUAACAGUUUGCUCUGGCAACAUUAUGCUCCUGCACUUAAGACUGCUGCCGCAGUAUGGAACCCCCGCAUCCCCGAGUCUAUGCUGGCUUCCCUAACGGAGUGGUCCCAGGCCUGCCCUCCUUGGCUGUCAGCGUCUGUAGCCGCCAACGUUGUGGCCCCACGGUUACUGGAGGCCGUGCGAGGCUGGGACCCCACGCACGACACGCAGCCGCUGCAUCAUUGGGUGUUGCCGUGGCAUCCUCUCGCUGGGUCCGCGUUAUCGACCGCGGUGUACCCGCUGAUCCGGUCGCGGCUGGCGGCGGCGCUGGCGGCGUGGCACCCGGCGGACGGGUCGGCGCGGCCGCUGCUGGCGGCGUGGCGCGGCGCGUGGGGCGCGGCGCUCACGGCCAUGCUGCACCACCACGUCGUGCCCAAGCUGGAGCACUGCCUCCAACAUGCGCCCGUGCACCUCGUCGGGCAGGAGAACACGGCGUGGCUGUGGUGCGUGGACUGGCUGGAGCUGCUGGGCGCGCCCACGCUGGGCGCGGUGGCGGCGCGCGCGCUGCUGCCGCGCUGGCUGGGCGCGCUGGCCGCCUGGCUCAACACCGCGCCCAAGCACGCGCAGGUGCUGCACAGCUACACGCAGUUCAAGAAAAUUUUCCCCGAGGAGGUUCUAAAAGAGCCGGGCGUCCGCGAAGCCUUCCGCAAGGCCCUCGACAUGAUGAACCGCAGCGCCGACAUCGACUCCGUGGAGCCGCCCCCUCCGCCCCGCUUCACUUUCACUGCCGAGAAGGAAUCCAGCAAGAUCGCGGAUGUACUGGCUUCUACUACCCAGCAGAAGAGCUUCUCGGAGCUGCUCGAGUCGAGGUGUAUAGAGAGAGGUAUAACAUUCGUGCCGCUAGCGGGCAAGACGCGGGAAGGCCGUCCGCUGUACAAGAUCGGCAACGACAGCAUGCAGUGCUACGUCAUACGGAACGUGAUCAUGUACUCCAAGGACAGCGGCCGCUCCUUCGAGCCCGUCGGCCUGGACAGGCUGCUGGGUAUGGCUGAGGAAUAGUGUACCAUCGUCCGCCCGAACUGUUCACUGGCGAGUUGUAGGCGGGAAGGGCGUCCGCUGUACAAGAUCGGCAACGGCAGCAUGCAGUGCUACGUCAUACGGAACGUAAUCAUGUACUCUAAGGACAGCGGGCGCAGCUUUGAGCCCGUCGGCCUGGACAGGCUGCUGGGUAUGGCUGAGGAAUAGUGUACCAUCGUCCACCCGAACUGUUCACUGGCGAGUUAUAGGCGGGAAGGGCGUCCGCUGUACAAGAUCGGCAACGACAGCAUGCAGUGCUACGUCAUACGGAACGUAAUCAUGUACUCUAAGGACAGCGGGC